UUAUAAACUUCCUGCUGCUCAGUCUGCUGUCCUUCGGCUAUCUGUCCUGGGACUGGAUGAACGCGGGGCUGGGAGGAGAGGACCAGAGACCCACGAAGGGGAACGGAGAAGUGCGGAAACCUCAUCUCAUCUUCAUUCUGGCGGAUGAUCAAGGCUAUCACGAUGUUGGGUACCACGGCUCGGAGAUUCACACACCAACCUUAGACCGACUGGCAGCAGAAGGGGUUAAACUGGAGAAUUAUUACAUCCAACCCAUCUGCACUCCAUCUCGAAGCCAACUGAUCACAGGGAGGUACCAGAUCCACACUGGUCUCCAACACUCCAUCAUCAGACCCAGACAACCCAACUGCCUGCCGCUGGAUCAAGUCACUCUUCCACAGAAGCUCCAGGAAGCGGGCUACUCCACCCACAUGGUGGGCAAGUGGCAUCUGGGCUUCUACAAGAAGGAUUGUCUGCCCACCAGACGAGGCUUUGACACCUUCUUCGGGACGCUGACAGGCAGCACCGACUACUACACGUACGACAACUGUGACGGGCCGGGAGUGUGCGGCUUCGACCUGCACGAUGGUGAGAACGUGGCCUGGGAGCACAGCGGGAAGUACUCGAUCCUUUAUGCCCAGCGCGUCAGCAAGCUCCUGGCCUCUCACAACCCCAGGGACCCCCUGUUUAUCUACCUAGCCUUCCAAGCAGUGCACACUCCCCUGCAGUCCCCAAAGGAAUAUAUCUACCAGUACAGGUCCCUCGGCAACGUAGCUCGCAGGAAGUACGCGGCUAUGGUGACCUGCAUGGACGAAGCCAUCAAGAACAUCACUUUGGCGCUCAAGAAAUACGGGUAUUACAAGAACAGCAUCAUCAUCUUCUCCACCGACAACGGAGGCCAGCCUUUCUCUGGGGGCAGUAACUGGCCUCUCCGAGGGCGGAAAGGCACCUAUUGGGAAGGUGGGAUACGAGGGAUCGGCUUCGUCCACAGCCCCCUGAUUAAGAAGAAGCGAAGAGUGAGUAAAUCCCUCAUUCACAUCACCGACUGGUACCCCACCCUGGUCUCGCUCGCCCAAGGCAACCUCACUGUGUCACCACCGCUGGACGGUUACGAUCUGUGGUCGACAAUCAGUGAGGGCAAGAGAUCGCCACGAACCGAGAUCCUCCACAACAUCGACCCCCUGUACAGUCAGGCCAAGUACGGUUCCUGGGAGGAAGGCUUUGACAUCUGGAACACGGCCGUCCAGGCCUCGAUCAGAGUGGGAGACUGGAAACUCAUGACCGGAGACCCAGGCUACAGCGACUGGAUCCCACCACAGAUGUUGCCCAACUUCCCCGGCAGCUGGUGGAACCUGGAGAGGCUGAGAAGCAGCGUUAAGAAGUCAGUCUGGCUGUUCAACGUGACCGGAGACCCGUAUGAGCGCUUUGACCUGUCCGACUCCCGGCCUGAUGUGGUCAAGCGGCUUCUGGCCAGACUGGCCCAUUACGACGAGACCUCCAUCCCCGUCCGCUACCCGCCCGAGGACCCCCGAGCUAACCCUGAGCUGCACGGGGGGGCCUGGGGGCCGUGGGCCAGCGAGGAGGAGGCCGAGGUGGAGCAGAAGAGCGUGGCCAAGAGCAAGAAGAAGAAAAAAGGCUGUAAAAUCUGUAAACUGAGGUCCUUCUUUAAGAAACUGAACACGAGAAUCAUGUCAAACAGGAUCUGAGCUUUGCUGAGCCUGAGGUUGAGGAAAAGAUCUUCAAAUGUGAAGACUUGGGCUCCGAUUUGGGGUAAUGUAUCGGCAAACUGGAUCCCUUUGUAUUCAUUGGGAAAUUCACAGUGAAAUUCCUUCCCGACCUGUUUAUUUUUCUCUGGCCCUUUUACUGACGGGAUUUUUCCACAAAUCGACAUUCCAAUUCAUUCAGCAUGAUCCGGUUUACAACCAUUAUACGUUUAAGGAUAAAUCACAGUGGACACGAGUGAGAGAGAGAGCGAGAGCGGUGUGAGACUGUGGGGGACUGGUUUGGAGAUAAACAUCAGAUUUGAUGGUUCAAACGAGCUGUUUCUGUGGGUAAAUAAAUGUGAUUCCAUU